AGUAUCCGACUUUCCUUUCAGAGUAGAUUAGAUUGAAAGAUUGUCGUGACGUUAUUGUUGACGUCUGCCGGUUCUCUGCUUCGGUUUUGUUGAAAAGCCCAAUUUUUCAUCCGAAAUAGGUCGUAAAAUUUCGUUGAGAAUGGUUUUCCUUAUAAAAGCCGUCGUCGUUGUUUUAUUAAUCGCGUGUGGAAUCUUUAAUGUCCUCGGAGAUGAUGGAAAAAAAGGACCGAAAGUAACGGACAAGGUUUGGUUUGAUAUAACAAUUGGAGAUGAAGCUGUUGGUCGUAUUGAAAUUGGUCUUUUCGGUAAAACCGUCCCAAAAACAGCUAAAAACUUUGCAGAACUUGCUACAAAACCCCCAGGAGAAGGUUAUAAAGGCAGCAAAUUCCAUCGUGUCAUCAAAGAUUUUAUGAUUCAAGGGGGUGACUUUACAAAAGGUGAUGGAACUGGAGGUCGUAGCAUUUAUGGCGAACGUUUUGCUGAUGAAAACUUUAAAUUGAAACAUUAUGGUGCUGGAUGGCUUUCAAUGGCUAAUGCGGGUAAAGACACAAACGGAUCUCAAUUUUUUAUUACUGUUAAACAAACUACUUGGUUGGAUGGACGUCAUGUUGUUUUUGGAAAGGUUCUUAAAGGGAUGGGAGUUGUAAGAAAAAUCGAAAACACCAACACUGACGGAAGAGAUCGUCCUGCUAAAGAUGUUGUUAUCGCCGAUUGCGGACAUGAAGUUAUCGAUGAACCUUUCGCAGUUUCUAAAGAAGAUGCUAGAGAUUAAGAUUGAUUUUUUUUGUAUGUGUGAUAAGAGGAAAGAUAUUUUGGUAUUUUUGUAAUAGCCACAAUUAAUUUUCAAUAUGUUUAAAAUAAAAAAAAUUUCUUUUUUUUA